CCGACGCCGAGGCGGAUGCUCGCAGGCUCCCUGCGUCGGUGGCCGGCUGCGCGCGGGGCUGGGCAGGGCUCGGCCGGCGCCACGGGGCGCGCACCCGGCCCCGCCGCAGCCCGGGCUCCCGGCGAGCAGGCUGGGCUCCCCGACCGUCCCCGCUGGGCUCGAGGACCUUCUCUCCGGGAGCUGCGAGCGGCUUCAGGAAGGGAGACGAUGAGCCACAAGGAUGGCGAGCUGGGGAGCUGCCAGCCGCUGGUGUUCACGGCGCAGGAGCUGGAGUGCAAGAUCUGCUACCAUCGCUACGACGCACGAGCCCGCAAGCCCAAGCUGCUGAGCUGCGGCCACCGGGUCUGUGCUAAGUGCCUGCGCAAGAUGGUGGCCAUGGGGGAGUCCUCGCCCCACCUGCUCAGCUGCCCUUUCUGCCGGCAGGAGACCCAGGUCCCCGAGGAGGACGUGCAGCUGCUCCAGGACGACAGCAAGGUGCUGGCAGUGCUGAUGUACCACGAGCGGGCAAAGAAGCGAGGCACUCUGCCCUCCCCCGAGGUCAUCCUGUGCCCCAGCGUCCUGGAGCCCUCCCGCAGCUCCUCUGACUGCCUGGUCAUCACCAUCCUGGAGGUGCCGGAGGACGCGGCGCCCCAAGGCUUGGGCAUGCUGGACAUGAUACGCCUGUACCGCCCCACCAGCCUGGACUCGCUGCCCUGCCGCAGCCCCAUCCAGAAAUGCCGCUCUUGCACCUGGCAGGCCAUACCCCACUUCAUCCUCUGGAUGCUCUGCCUCAUCUACUUCAGCUCCCUGCCCUUUGGCAUCUACCUCCUGCUCAUUGAACGCCACAACCUGGGCAUCGUGCUGGUCAGCCUGGUGCCCUCCACCCUCAUUCUCUGUGUCUUCUACAGCUUCUGCCAGUGUCUGUGCCGUGAGAUCUUUGAGUUCCCCUCCACCUGAGCCUGCUGCUCCCCUGGGUCCUGAAGGCACCAGGCACUGGCCUUGCACAGCCUGGACCUCCCCAAGGCUGUGCCCUGUGCCUGGGGCUGGCUCAGAGCAUCCCCACUCAGCGCUUGCCAGCACCCAGUUACUGCAGGGGGAUGGGGAGAUGUCAGUGUGGGAGGGUCCAGGCGCAGCUGAGCGACUGGUUGGACAGGGCCACGAAGCGAGUACUGAGUGCCUGUCAUCUUCCC